AUUAAUUCACAGGGAGACCGUUUUGGUGGUGCCUUAGAUGGUGCAGCUCGUAUGUUUUCUGAGGCAUAUGACACCGGUUUACAUCCGCAGGAAUUUGUAAAUAAUACACGUAAAAAGGGAGAACUGAUCAUGGGUAUUGGCCAUCGCGUAAAGUCUAUCAACAAUCCAGAUAUGCGUGUGAAACUUAUCAAGGAAUUCGUCUUGGAGAAUUUUCCGGCAAAACCUUUAGUCGAAUAUGCUCUAGAAGUGGAAAAAAUAACAACCAGCAAAAAGCCUAAUUUAAUUCUUAAUGUGGAUGGUAUUAUUGCUUGCUCUUUUGUCGAUAUGCUGCGAAACAGUGGCAGUUUUACAAGAGAAGAGGCGCAAGAAUAUAUUGAAAUAGGUGCCAUAAAUAGCUUAUUUGUCCUUGGUCGAAGUAUAGGAUUUAUUGGUCAUUACAUGGAUCAAAAAAGAUUAAAGCAAGGUCUUUACCGCCAUCCUUGGGAUGAUAUUUCUUACGUACUACCUGAGCAAUAUAAUUGAAUCAUUAAAUAAUGCAUAAUGAUAUAAUAUGUAAUGCUUAAUGUCUUAUAAUUAAUCGCUUAGUUCAAAGAUCGUCUUAAAAAAUGAGAUAUAAAAAAAGCAUUAAUUAUCAAUCUCAUUGGUAUUGAUCAAGUAUAUAUUGAAAUUGAUAUACGCACAAUUGAAAUGUAAAUCACAUUGCACUAAAAACAAUAUAUUCUUAUUUUUAAAAACAAAUUUGUUAAUUUUAAAUUUGAACUAUUAUGACAUUGAUUAAUGUCUUAUAAUUAGAAAAAUACUAAAAUGCACAUUAUGAAAAGAUAAAUGAUGAUAUAAUCACAUAUAACUAUAGCUUUAUAAUUGAAUGUAGAUAAACAAAUCUUUUAAAAUGUCUAUAUACUAAACACAUUCCAUUAAUGCAUUUUCGUUUGAAUUAGACAUUAGACGGUGAAAUUGGAAUGUUUGAUUUUCUAACUAAUUAUAGCUAACAUAAUUUCAGUCGCAACUAUUGUAAGUAGGAACACUAUUAUAACUACUUAUUAUUAAUUGUAUAAGUUAUUACAUUAUUGUAUACUACUAACCAAUGCACAAUUCUAAUUAUGUGAAUUAUAAAGAAAGUAGUAAAUAUAUAUUUAUAAAUGCUA